UAUAUAUAUGAUCUUCAUAUAAGUCCAUGAACUGAUUUUUAAGCUCUAAGAUCCACACAUUCUCCCUCACUUUUCUUCCUCAUUAAUCCUUCUACACCGCUAUUCCUCCACAGUAUAUUUAUGGAUGAAACUAAGAGCAGACAGAAAAAAGGUCUGAUGAAGAAGACAUGGGAGCAAUUCAAAUCUUUUGGUCAUGGGAGGAUUUUAUCAAGAACCCAUCAUUCUUCUAUGAAAAGCAAGUCAAGGCCUGGCCACACAGCCUCUCUUGAAGGCGUGAAGAAGGGGCGGGUUGCUCCAGAGGGCUGCUUCUCAGUGUACGUUGGACAUGGGAAACAAAGGUUUGUGGUCAAAACUGAGUAUGCCAACCAUCCUCUAUUCAGAGCACUCCUAGAAGAGGCUGAGCUAGAAUAUGGGUACAACAAUGGAGGGCCUCUUGUGCUUCCAUGUAAAGUGGAAAUUUUUCUUAAGGUGUUACUGGAAAUGGACAGUUCUGAUGAGGUUCAUCAAGGGUGCAGCUUUGCUAGGAGCCCUAGCUCCUAUCGCCUCCUCGGCCCAUCUCGGAUGAUCACCAUGAAUCAUCUAUGAAUUUACCAGAUUCAGAGUUUGUUUUUAUUUAUUCUACUAAUUUAUAUGAGAACAAAGAUCUCUUCAACAAAGGUUUUUAAUAGGUUUCUCCAUUAA